GUCCUCAAACUAAAUCUCCAGAGAUGGUAAAAAAUCUUUCAUUGGUUUGCUUCCACAAAUAGUGUUAUUCAUCAUCAUCAUCGUCAUCAACAUCAUAUUUUUCCGCAGAGGAAAAAAAAAUGCCAAACCCAGUGCAGCAAUCGGUGCAUGGUUACCUGUCAAAGAUCAAAAGGGAGGCAGGAAAGCUGCAGUUGUCGUCGUCGAAAUCAUUGUCAUCAUCCAAGAAGUGGGUGCUUAGCUAUAAGCUUCACAAAAAGCUCUCCUCCUUAAUGAAUGUAAGACGUCCCAGCAAGACCUGCAGAGUCAACGACGACGACCACCACCAGGAUCCCGGUCAGGCCGCCACCUUGUCCGAUAUCGACCGUUUUCUCGAGGAAAACUUCAAAUCCCUCUGCAUCAGAGAUGGCGGCGAAGAGGAGGAGGAGGACCACCAUCGGAGGAUGACCAAAAAGAAGGAGAAAAGGGAUCAGUCCUCGGAUGACUCAUCCGACACUGAUGAAGACGACUACUAUCGUCACAGAUUCGAGAGGACAUGGGGACAGGCGGUCUACGACUCCCCCAAACUGCCAGAUCCGCGGAGGAGAACAGAGAGACUAUCUCCACCACCUGGAUCAUCGGAAGGUACGCCCAGCAUGUACACAACGCCGGAGGAGGAGGAGGAGAGACGGUCGUUGAGGUCCAACUCAUCCAGCUUGGUGCUGCCUGAGAACUGCAUCGCGGUGCUGAGAUGCACUGAAGAGCCUCAGGAGGAUUUCAGGAGGUCGAUGGUGGAGAUGAUGGAGUCCAAGCUAGGAGGGGGCGAGGUGGACUGGGACUUGAUGGAAGAGCUACUCUUCUGCUAUCUCGAUCUCAACCACAAGAAAUCACACAAGUUUAUACUCAGCGCUUUCGUCGAUCUCAUCAUCUCUCUCCGUGACAAGGAGAAGAGGGUCACCAGGAAAAGCCUUGAGAUGUCGCUCACUACUCGCGCCGCCAGGGACAGGUUUAGUAAGAGGAGCUAUGCCUCUCGAAACUAGCUUGUACAACUUCCCUUCUUUUCUUUUCUUCUUUACAUCAAACCAUUUUAAUUUCUUUUUAACAUUCGUGUCUUUCUUCUCAGCCUUUAAAGUCAAUGCUUGCAUGUAUCC